ACAUUUAGCGGCCACGCGGUAGUAAACAGAGUGACGUCAUAUCUGUGGGACGAUCUGCUGCGUGUCGGUGGAUGGAUGAUUUGAAGCGACUGAAGGUGAAAGAUUAAAGAAUCCCGAAUAUAGAGACCCAGAUCCACGUGAUAGGAAACCAUGUUGAUCGUGGGGGGGGCCGUAAGGUACGGCGUCCUGCAGCUUCCUGUACGAGGAGUCUGUUCUGCUGCCAUCAACAGGAAGUCACCUUCAUCUGGGCACACCUGUCCUUCCCCUCCACCUGCUGGACCCCCUGAAGUCUGCUGUCACAUGUUACAUGUCAGGACGCUGUCAGGGUUUGGGACGCCAUCAGGACUAGGGCCGUUGUCAGGGUUUGGGACGCUGUCAGGGUUUGGGACGCUGUCAGGACUCGGGACGCUGUCAGGACUCAGGACGCUGGGCGGGGUCCGGAGGCUCUCCGGUGGGUUUGGGACGCUGUCAGAUUUUGGGACGCUGUCAGGAGUCGGGACGCUGGGCGGGGUCCGGAGGCUCUCCGGGGGCCGGCAAGAUAGCGGUGAUGGUGCAGCUGGCUGGUACGGCGGCCUCUCGGACUCGGCGCCCGUUCACCUGUGUGAGCACUUCCUGCUGAGCGUGCAGCAGCUGAGCGGGCUGCCGUGGUGGCUGAGCAUCGUUGUGGCGACGCUGUCGGUCCGGACACUCAUCACUCUGCCGCUCGCCGCCUACCAGAUGGUUGUCAUCGCCAAGGUGGAGGCGCUGCAGGUGGAGAUCUCCGAGCUGGCCAAGAGGCUCCGCUACGAAGUGUCAGUGCGAGCGAGAGAGAGAGGCUGGACGGAGAAACAGAGCCGGUUCCAGUUCCAGAAGAAUCUGCGUCGUCUUGUCUCUCAGCUCUACAUCAGAGACAACUGUCACCCGUUCAAAGCCAGUGUUCUGGUCUGGGUUCAGCUGCCGCUGUGGAUCAGCCUCUCCCUGGCCCUCCGAAACCUCAGUCUCAAUCAGUCCGAUGUUGGGGCUGAUCUGGCAGCGGGUGGCGCUCUCUGGUUCCCAGACCUCACCGUUCCCGACUCCAGCUGGAUGCUUCCGGUGUGUCUCGGACUCACCAACCUGCUCAUCGUAGAGGUGUUUUCUCUCCAGAGAGUCAACCCGUCUCGUGUUCAGAGGAUUGUGACGAACGCCGUCCGAGCGUUCUCGCUGUUGAUGAUUCCCAUCGCUGCCACCGUUCCCUCUUCCAUGGCUCUCUACUGGUUUACCUCCAGUCUGGUGGGAUUCAGUCAUAACCUCGUCCUUCGUUCUCCGGCCGUCCACAAACUUUUCAGACUCCAAACUCCUCGAUCAGACUCUCCAUACAGAGACCUGCUGUCUGCCUUCAUCACCAAGUACUGCAGAUAAUACUGCAGGUACACAUUAAAUACUUCACAGAUCAGACUCUCCAUACAGAGACCUGCUGUCUGCCUUCAUCACCUGUACUGCAGAUAAUCACAGAGUACUGCAGGUACACACAGAGUACUGCAAGUUAUUGAAGUUAUUAAAGAGUGAUACAGAAUCCCAGUGUGAGAUCAUGAAUCUCUAUCUUCCUGUUUCUCUCUGAACUGAACAGUCAAAUAUAUCUGAUAUAAACAUGUGUGUAUGUAUACAGUAUGUAUAUAUAUGUAUAUAUAUAUAUGUGUGUGUGUGUGUGUGUGUGUGUGUAUGAGUAUGAGAAGAUGUAAGUGUGUGUGUGAGCAGCUUCUUCCUGUUUCUGUGGGAACUAACUAGAAACAAUAACAGGAAGAGCUGACCUCUGACUCGCAAACAUUUCCUGUUUGUUUUCCUCACAAACAAACAGACAUAUAAAUCCUCUUCUCUGUUUAAACAAAUAAUAAUAA